AUGCGUGUGCUAUGGCGAUUGGUAGUCGCCGUGAUCACCGGUGUAACUGUGGCAGUAUUCACAUUUUCAGAGGCACUACAGAGGAUUGACCCUCUGGAUGAUUGCAGACGGACUUUGACGACUUCUAAAGGACAGGUCAUUGACCUAAUGACGAAGAAGAAGAAGCAGGAAGAAGCUCAACCGCUUCCCGGCAUGACAUAUGUGCUCAUCGAAACGACUAAUAAAAUGCGGCUCUUAAUGUCGUCCAAUUUAGACUUUACCCAAUAG